AUGGCUCGAGGGGUCCUUGAGGUUACAAAUCAUAAUGGAAGAAAUCUCAGUAACCCGGAGAAAGAGGCCUCUUUGCUCAUCUUUUCCUUUUUAUCUUCUCUUAUAGUAACUUCUGCUGUUUAUGAGACAGGUAAGAUAUGUUGCAUCGUCUACUACAAAGAUCAGCAGAAGAGGACCGACGCCAUAUACCGUGAUGGGCCUAAUCCAGAGUGGCAUGAACAACUUCAGUUGGAGAUAGAUGAUGGUAUUGAAAAUCUUCGGGUUCGGGUACAUGACGGGGAUUAUGUUACAGAAGAGGAAGUUGGAAUUUGCGAGUAUGUUAAUGAUUUUCAUUCUAAGUUUCUUGUUUUAACAAUUAAUGCAGUAAAUCAUGCAUUAGAGGGUCAACUUGAGACGGGGGACGAAGCGCAAAUAGAAGCGACUGAAUAUGAUGUAUGGAGGAAUGAUGAAGCCUAUGGACAAAUUAUUGUUGCCCUCUCUUUUCGUUCAGCGGACGAGUAA